CAGCCAUGAACUUGUUUAGAAAACCCAAACCCAAGACAUUCUCCAUUUAUGACUUGCCACAUCCGCUUACACCACCACAGGCUCUGAUCGACCGCACAGUUCCUCCAGUCCCAGAGGGAGUGUGUGACAUUCAAGACCCACUGUCUGUUGCCAUUUUUUAUCAUGAACUCAAUCAACUGCCUGUAGCCUCAUACUAUUUCUCACUGUCUGCAGCCCAGGGAAACCCGUUGGGAUUGUUUCUGUUUGCUAUAUCCAUGCGACAUGGAUGGGGUAUGCAACGUAAUGAAGAAGAGGCAGUUCGUCUACUUCAAGUUGCCGCUAAUCAAGCAACAGGUGAAGUGGCGAAGCAAGCAGCUAGUCUUCGUCGUCUACGAAAACGAUACAGCUUUGCAGGUGAGGGAUCGAUUCAUAGUUCCAGCAACACUGAAAACAAUGGCACAGACUCGAGUAGAGCUAGUGGAUCUCCACAUAUUCCGGGUCGAUCGUCAUCCAUCUGUGAAGGUACAACAGCUUCUCCAUUAGCCACAAGUGGUAAUCAUGGAACUUCUGGUCCUCAAAAACUCCAUCCUAAACGGGAUACUCUCUCUCGAGCCAGUAAACAAAACUCUCCAUCUCCUCCAUCUCUCAACGAGCUUGUUUUGGCUGUUUAUGAACUCGCUAUUUCUUUCAAACAGGGUUGGGGCGUUCCCAAAAGCAAAAUUACUGCAGUAUACUAUCUCAAUAUGGCUGCUGAAUUGGGAGAUCCUGAUGCUCAAAUGGAGUUGGCUGAAUGCUACCUCCGAGGGGAUGGUAUCAAGCCCAACAAGCAAAAGGCUGCCUUUUGGCUUCGCAAGGCUGAACAACAAGGUGCCCGAUUGGUGCAAAUGCAAUGGAUUUGGAAGGAUAAAUACAAUGUCGCUGAUGAGGAAAAGGAAGAAGAUUCAGACUAAUCAUCAACACACUCAAAGUGGUUGGGCUAAUCUGUCAAGAAGAUGGAUUGCUGUUUGUAAUAAUAAAAAUACUACUUUUUUGUCAACAUUAAUAAUAAAGUACUGAAUUGAAUGUUU